AGCGCUCGGCGCAGGGGCACAAACGGACGGCGACGUCCUCAAUGCUACUUUAACAAAGAGCCGACGGCCGCGCGCGACUUUCGGGCCGACUCCGAACGGCCGAUCUGGCACCGGACCGGGUGUGUGUGGCCGGUAGAACGAUACGGGUCAGCUGAAGCGGGGACAACGAGGCACCGAGCCGAUUGUUCUAUCGUAGUUAAAGUCGGACGCAAAUCUCCUUGGGCCUGUUCUUUUCGGAGGACAGCACAGCAGUGGGUGCAGCCAAUCUGUGGCCAGGACGGUCUGGACACCAAAAAAAUCCGCUUUGAUGAGGUAGCAGCAGGUUCUGCAGACGGAUCCCACUACCCUCCCCCGGCCACUCUGAAAUGGGCCAGAAGAUCUCAGGGAGCCUCAAGACCGUGGAUGGACGCAGCGAGCCGUCUUACAGGCCCACUCGACGGGACCUGAGGGGUCCAGAUCUCUGCCGGCCGGCCCGUUUGGACCUGCUGCUGGACCUGCCCCCGGCCCAGCCCGCUGUACAGCUGCAGCACUCCUGGAAUGGCAACGACCGUUCGCUCAAUAUCUUCGUUAAGGAGGAGGAUGGGCUGACACUGCACCGUCACCCGGUGGCUCAAAGCACAGACUGCAUCCGUGGUCGCGUGGGCCACACUCGAGGCCUUCACGCCUGGCGCAUCCAUUGGCCCACGCGGCAGCGCGGAACACACGCUGUGGUGGGCGUGGCCACUGCCCAGGCACCACUGCACUCCGUUGGCUACAUGGCCCUGGUGGGCAGUGAUUCCGAAUCCUGGGGCUGGGACCUGGGCCGUAACAAGCUCUACCACAACAGCAAGAACCAGCCGGCACAGGCCGCCCCCACCUACCCCACCUUCCUGGGGGCCGACGAGUCUUUUGUGCCGCCGGACUCGCUGGUGGUGGUGCUGGACAUGGACGAGGGCACGCUCAGCUUCGUGGUGGACGGCCAGUACUUGGGCAUUGCCUUCCGAGGGCUCAAGGGCAAAAAGCUGUACCCCAUUGUCAGUGCGGUGUGGGGCCACUGUGAGAUCACUAUGUGCUACAUCAACGGCCUUGACCCGGAGCCCCUCCCCCUCAUGGACCUGUGUCGCCGGGCGGCCCGGUUGGCCCUGGGUCGGGAGCGUCUGCAGGAGAUCGAAACGUUGCCGCUGCCUCAGUCUUUGAAGAAUUACCUGCAGUACCAGUGAGGUGACGGGCCCCGAGGAGGAUUCUCAGUCCCGUCUGAUUGGCCAGGCCGGGUGAGAGGCGGAUCCCUAAGGAAUGUCAAAGCACUAAUGGGGUCAACCCCCAGGAGCCACUGUUUACAGGCAGAGACACACAGUUUUAUCAAUUUUUCAGCUGACAAGGGCAGUCAAGGAUUUAGACAUGGGCUUGGUGCUUUCAUGUGAGUGAAGUGGCUGAAUUUGCAUGAAUGAUAGCAGGAUUGUCUGCCUGAUGUAUUAGGUUGCAAUAGGACUUUUUUUCCUUUGAGGUCCAAAGGCACCUUGUGCUGACCUGAUCUUUGAGGGAAAAGCCUGCUGCAAAUUGUAAUGCAAAUAACGGAUCCAGCGGCCCUCGCACACCGACCAAGCCCCGCCUGAAGCUUUGUCCCGUGUGGACCCCCCCACCACCUCCACCACCACCCCCCAAUCACCUUAUACUUUAAUGCUUGAGUCACUUUGUUUUAUAUUUUGAAUGCCUUUUUUUUUCUAAGUGUGAAUUUAUUAUUAUUGUUAUGAUGACGAUUCUUCCUAAUUGUUACUGUGUUUAUUUAUCUGUUCGAAGACGUUUCUUUUAAUGUGAUAUUCAAAGUGUGAAUGAAUGACCAUGGAUUCAUGCCCUUGAGUUCCCCCCCCCCCCCCCUUUUUAAACCAAAUGCUGCUCUCGAUGAAGAUGACAAUGAAUUUUAUUUUCUUUUACUAUAGAUCUUUGACCGGGUUGUGACGUGUUACUGGGUAUGAUUCACUGGGGAUCAGUAGAAUGUAUGAACAUCGCUGCCCUCAGCAUGUUUUAAUUAUGAAUAAAAAGCAAGUGAAUGAA